AUGACCAUCCAGACUCAAGGCUUGAGCACUGCGCGCCAGUUGGAGCAGGCCAACGGGCUCCGGCAGUCCGACCCAGCUGCAGCAGAGGCGGGUUAUCGCUCGGUGCUGUCCAAGCAGACCACCGAUGAGCAGGAGCUCAAGGACCAAGAGACAGCUCUCCUCAAACUGGGAUCGCUGUAUCGUGACGGGAAGAAGAUGAACGAACUUGCGCAACUGGUCGUUGACUCGCGUGGAUACAUGUCCACAGUGGCCAAGGCCAAGACGGCAAAGCUCAUCCGUGCUCUGAUCGACCUCUUCCCUCCUUCCUCACGCGAGCUCCAAAUGCAGGUCACGAGUGAGAACAUCGAGUGGGCCAGGAAGGAGAAGCGCGUCUUCCUGCGUCAGAGUCUUGAAAUCAAGCUUGUUGCUCUCCACAUCGAUGCGCAGAAUUAUCGCCAGGCGCUUACCAUGACUGAGGAGUUGCUCAAGGAGCUCAAGCAGCUUGACGACAAGAUCAUUCUCACAGAGGUUUUCCUUCUGGAAUCGCGUGCCGCCCAUGCCAUCCAGAACCUUCCUCGCUCAAAGGCCGCCCUGACUUCGGCGCGCACGACUGCCAAUUCGAUCUACUGUCCUCCUAUCCUGCAGGCGCAACUUGACUUGCAGGCGGGCGCUCUUAAUGCGGACGACAAGGACUAUAAGACUGGGUACUCGUACUUCUUCGAAGCGUUCGAGGGUUUCAUUCAGGUUGACGAGAACGACCCAAGGGCACUCAGCUCUCUCAAGUACAUGUUGCUCUGCAAGAUUAUGAUGGGACUGCCCGACGACGUCACGGCGCUUCUGACUAUGAAGUCGGCGGCACGUUUUGCUGGCAAGGACCUGGAUGCUAUGAAGGCAGUGGCUCGUGCUCAAACGGAGCGGAGUCUGGAGAUGUUCAAGACGACUCUCCAGGACUACCAAGAUCAACUCCACAAGGACCCCCUCAUCCGGUCCCAUCUUUCUGCGCUGUAUGACACGCUCUUGGAGCAGAACCUCCUUCGUGUCAUUGAGCCGUACUCGUCAGUCGAGCUGUCGUGGAUCGCGCACGAAGUUGGUCAAGGGCGCGAUGUCGUUGAGGAAAAGUUGAGCCAGAUGAUCCUCGACCAGGUAUUCUUUGGCGUCUUGAACGAGAAGGCUGGGACUCUGGAAGUCUUUGGGGAAAUGCAGUCUGAAGGUCUGCUCAGCGGAGCGUACGACACGAUGAAGCAGAUGGGGAGCGUUAUCCAAGCCCUCUAUGAGAAGGCGACGAGCUUAUCCUAG